AUGUUGCUACCAGAAAUCUGGCUAGAUAAACUGUCAUGGGAUGACCAAGCCCCAGAUCACAUUAUCACCGAGUGGGACAGCUUCAGAACAGAACUCUCACACGUUUCAGACCUCUCAAAUCCACGAUGGUUAAAGAUUACUCAGAAAUCGACCGUGGAAGUUCAUGGAUUUUUAAACGCCUCACAACUAGCUAUGGCAACAGUUGUUUAUAUACGGGCUACUCAUCCAGAUCAUGGAACUUGUUCAACUAUAGUCUGCUCAAAGUCUAAAAUUGCACCACUGAAGAAGAUGUCUAUUUCUAGACUAGAACUCACCGCAGCAUUGCUGCUUGCCAGACUAAUCACUUAUGUAAGGCACAACUUGGACAUUCAGCCAACUCAAACAGUAUGUUGGACAGACUCCUCAGUAACAUUGACCUGGAUUCAGUCGCACUCAUCCCGUUGGAAGGAGUUUGUAAGAAAUAGAGUGUUAGCAAUUCAAGAUCUUACUCCAAUCAGCGUUUGGAGGUUUGUACCUGGCAAACAAAAUCCAGCGGAUUGUGCUCCUCGAGGUAUCAGCAUAUCCCAGCUUCAAAAGCACCCCCUGUGGUGGACAGGUCCACAGUGGUUAACAGCAGACGAAUCAUCAUGGCCAACUCAAUCAUCAGUGUACGAUUCAAAAGCUCAGCAAGAAGAGCGACCCGUGAUCACGCUAAAUACUCAGACAAUUCACCAUGAUUAUCAUUGGGAUAUGAUAUACAGACAUUCUCGUCUAAUCAAAUUGCUCAGAGUGACUGCGAUUUGCUUCAGGUUCAGCCAACUCCUUAGACGAGUAUCUCAGUCAUCUCUUACCUUUCCUCUCACGCCACGAGACUUAGAGAGAGCAAGGAUUUUUUGA